CUUGGCCAGGCGAUUCCACCGGCAAGCAAACAAUGAGCGAUCAGCAGUCGUAUGUCACCAUCCGCGCACGGCAGCCGGCCGACGGAGCUGGUAUAUCUAAUGGCGCCUCACCCGGAAUGGGUCCGCGGGAUGCCUACGCACGAUCUGCAACUCAUGACAUUAGCCGGGCGAGCUUCCAUGUGAAGCACAUCGGGCAGUUUGCCCAGAGGCUCGAAGAUUCGGCGGCGAGAGCGUUCCCAAACCGUGGACGGCCAUCUCAGCGGUACAAGAAUGUCCAGUCACUGCUGAUGCACUGGGGUUCUGACGACUUAUUCGUUCUUCCCGAGCUCGAGGACUUGGGCAAGUGCUUGCAAGAUGACUAUGCGUUUGGCACUGAAAUCUACUCAAUUCCAUCAGAAAACUCUCAUCUGGAGCUCAUGAUGAGAAUUGGACAGCUGAUACGCGAUCACGAAUCACCCGAUACGCUUUUUAUUGUCUACUACGGUGGCCAUGCCCGGAUUGACGAGUCGAGGCAGAGCACGUGGUGUGCUACGCGAGAUCCUGGCUCUCCUUGGCUACAGUGGUCUGCGAUUCAGACGCUCUUGGAACGAUCAAAAUCCGACGUUCUGAUAUUGUUAGACUGUUGUGCCGGGGCUGCCAGUGCCACGUUUCCCACCGGCAACAGCGUCACGGAGACGAUAUCUGCUUCCAGCUGGGAUGCCAUUGCCCCUGAUCCUGGAAGCUAUUCAUUCACCAACGCUCUCAUCGAGGUCUUGCAGGAAUGGCGCCAUAGAGCCUUCUCUGCCGCUAUGCUGCACGCCGAGGUCCUUGCGCGGUUGAAGCAUCCGAGACCCAUUACCAUCAACGGCAAGCACUUUGAGGCUCGGUCGACGCCAGUUCACUUUAUGAUGACAGCCAAUCACAGAGCGCCAAGUAUCGAGCUGUCCAGGACGCAACCAGUGGAGAAGAGAUCCAUGUCAGCUCCUACAAUCCCUCACAUGGACGUAGAGCCUGUUGGAGGCCAUGUUGGAGGACCUGUGGGUGGUGUUGCAGCCAUGGAGCUCGCUGGACGAGCAGGAAAUCCUGCGGAUGCUCUCAUCGGAAACCCCUUUCCGAGCGAGCCCACCGAGGAUACUCCUCAUGUGAUGAUAUCUCUGGCUUUGGAAGAUGAUCAGAGACUAGAUAUCAAUGCGUGGGAGCAGUGGCUCAAUGCCUUUCCCGCCAUGGCCAAGUACGUCAAGAUUCAAGGUGUUUUCAAGAGCCACUCUACCUUGGUCUUGGUUUCGAUGCCCGUCAUGGUCUGGGACCUUUUGCCAGAGGACCCGGCAACUUCAUUCAUCGCCUUCAUUCGAUCCAAUAAUAUAGCAGCUCAGAAAACACAACCGACACCAAUUGCCACUCCUGUACCAGCAUCGCAACACCAGUCUGAAGCGUUAGCACCGGACACGGCCUCUUUUAUAUCUGGUGUUUCGGGCACCACUUUUGCACCGACAGAGGCAAGCCGCUUUGGCGACCAAUUUAGACAAUUCAACUUUGACUCUCCUAGAGGCACGAGAUCAACUCGGAAUGCGGCUUCUUAUAGUCAAUCUGCGUCAUCACAGCCAGGCCCAGCUUCAUCUUCAUCCCAUCAGCCACCAUUUUCCAGAUCCAUGAGCGCUGCCGUCUCUCUUCCUCCUGUGUACUCGGGUUCAUCGUCGUCGAGUACAAGCCCAGUGAUUUCCAGGCAAAUGAUUCUCAAUCAACAGCAGUCCCAAAGACGUACUACAUUCGACGGUAGCGACGUUCCUGAGCCUCAGAGCUUCUCUGCUCAUGUUGAGAAACGGCUGGAAGAAUAUUACCAGAGCCAUCCUCUUCCCAAUGAUGGCGAGAGCGCUUUCCUCGCCUCGAAUCUUGGAAUAGAACCUCUUCACCUUGGCCUAUGGUUCCAUCACCGUCGCGAACGAGACUUGGUCACUAGCCGACUCGCUACCAUGAAAGUCGGCGACAUCCCAUUCAACGAGGGCGGCGGCUCGCUCCUGAUACUGCCGGCAGACCUUAGCCAGCUGCUCGAUAUAUCUCAGCCUGGGCAGAUUCUACUAUUUGAUAUCCGCCCACGGUCAGAAUACCAGAGAUCUCAUAUCCGUGGCGCCAUAAACCUUCGAGUGCCACAAAACUUCAUCAAAUAUGCCUCUCUUGAGAUGAUUGGGCGCACCAUUUCCGAGGAGCAUGGCCAUGAUGCCUUCUCAAAGUGGAAAGAGGCAAGGUGCAUGGUGUUUUACUCUCGUGGGCUUGAGAGUGCAUGGGAAUGUCCCUCUGCAGCAUCGUUAUUAUACAAGCUAGUAGAGUCGGGGUGGACAGGAAGAAGCUUUGUUCUUAAAGGUCACUAUCGCGAGUUUAGUGUAUCCUUUGGUCAGCAUAUUCUAGGCAGCAAAAAGGCUCUUGGAGCUGAAGGCGCCGAGCAUAGCGAAGAGGUGACGACCGAAGCUGCUGCCGAUCCCACUCUAAACUAUGAGCGGUAUACCCAGUGGCUAACUCACGUAGAAGAGGAGGACCGAUCACGAAUAAAUGCAUCCUCUUCUACGCGAACAAUAGAGAGGACAGAAUUUGUGGAAAACCAAGAGCAAGAGUUGGAAGCAGAAUUGAUGGCUCGAUGCGGUGAUCUCUAUCGGAAAAUCCGAGACGUCCAGGCGGACAGAGAUCCAUCUCGGAACGAUAACUUUGACAUCAAGGCUCCAAUGGUCGAAUAUCUCGACCGUGGCCUGAGAAAAGUGCGUGCUCACCAGCCAUCGCCGCCACAAAUGCCACCCAGCUCCAAGCUGGCUGCUGAGUAUUUCGACCAGCCCCCUCAUGAGCAGGACGACGUCGAAGGUUAUGUUGAAGUUGGCAAGGAUGGCGAUUCUACCGGGGCCAUGAGAUAUGGAUCUCUGGCUUCGGCAGAUAAAGCCAGUCCUAGCGAAGAGCCUCUGCGCAGGGGUCGCGGAGGUGGGUUAUUGAAUAAGGUGUUUCGGCGGACAUAGGGCGAUUUGAGUGAGUUUUACAAAGGGGGUCAUGAUUUCUGGCAUAGAACGUGCUCGGGCAGCACUACGGGUGUUUUGGAUAUCAUGAUACCAUGGAUAUAUAUCAGCGUGAGAUACAAUCUCUGGCGUUAGUGCCUUUAGGAAUUUACAUUUAUCAUCUCAAA